AUGCACCAUCAUAUUCAAUCUACAACCUCACAGGCAACCAUGCACCAUCAUAUUCAAUCUACAAACUCACAGGCAACCAUGCACCAUCAUAUUCAAUCUACAACCUCACAGGCAACCAUGCACCAUCAUAUUCAAUCUACAACCUCACAGGCAACCAUGCACCAUCAUAUUCAAUCUACAAACUCACAGGCAACCAUGCACCAUCAUAUUCAAUCUACAACCUCACAGGCAACCAUGCACCAUCAUAUUCAAUCUACAACCUCACAAGCAACCAUGCACCAUCAUAUUCAAUCUACAACCUCACAGGCAACCAUGCACCAUCAUAUUCAAUCUACAAACUCACAGGCAACCAUGCACCAUCAUAUUCAAUCUACAACCUCACAGGCAACCAUGCACCAUCAUAUUCAAUCUACAAACUCACAGGCAACCAUGCACCAUCAUAUUCAAUCUACAACCUCACAGGCAACCAUGCACCAUCAUAUUCAAUCUACAAACUCACAGGCAACCAUGCACCAUCAUAUUCAAUCUACAACCUCACAGGCAACCAUGCACCAUCAUAUUCAAUCUACAACCUCACAAGCAACCAUGCACCAUCAUAUUCAAUCUACAACCUCACAGGCAACCAUGCACCAUCAUAUUCAAUCUACAAACUCACAGGCAACCAUGCACCAUCAUAUUCAAUCUACAACCUCACAGGCAACCAUGCACCAUUAUAUUCAAUCUACAAACUCACAGGCAACCAUGCACCAUCAUAUUCAAUCUACAACCUCACAGGCAACCAUGCACCAUCAUAUUCAAUCUACAAACUCACAGGCAACCAUGCACCAUCAUAUUCAAUCUACAAACUCACAGGCAACCAUGCACCAUCAUAUUCAAUCUACAACCUCACAGGCAACCAUGCACCAUCAUAUUCAAUCUACAAACUCACAGGCAACCAUGCACCAUCAUAUUCAAUCUACAAACUCACAGGCAACCAUGCACCAUCAUAUUCAAUCUACAACCUCACAGGCAACCAUGCACCAUCAUAUUCAAUCUACAAACUCACAGGCAACCAUGCACCAUCAUAUUCAAUCUACAACCUCAAAGGCAACCAUGCACCAUCAUAUUCAAUCUACAAACUCACAGGCAACCAUGCACCAUCAUAUUCAAUCUACAAACUCACAGGCAACCAUGCACCAUCAUAUUCAAUCUACAAACUCACAGGCAACCAUGCACCAUCAUAUUCAAUCUACAAACUCACAGGCAACCAUGCACCAUCAUAUUCAAUCUACAACCUCACAGGCAACCAUGCACCAUCAUAUUCAAUCUACAAACUCACAGGCAACCAUGCACCAUCAUAUUCAAUCUACAAACUCACAGGCAACCAUGCACCAUCAUAUUCGAUCUACAAACUCACAGGCAACCAUGCACCAUCAUAUUCAAUCUACAAACUCACAGGCAACCAUGCACCAUCAUAUUCAAUCUACAAACUCACAGGCAACCAUGCACCAUCAUAUUCAAUCUACAACCUCACAGGCAACCAUGCACCAUCAUAUUCAAUCUACAAACUCACAGGCAACCAUGCACCAUCAUAUUCAAUCUACAAACUCACAGGCGACCAUGCACCAUCAUAUUCAAUCUACAAACUCACAGGCAACCAUGCACCAUCAUAUUCAAUCUACAACCUCACAGGCAACCAUGCACCAUCAUAUUCAAUCUACAAACUCACAGGCAACCAUGCACCAUCAUAUUCAAUCUACAACCUCACAGGCAACCAUGCACCAUCAUAUUCAAUCUACAACCUCACAGGCAACCAUGCACCAUCAUAUUCAAUCUACAAACUCACAGGCAACCAUGCACCAUCAUAUUCAAUCUACAACCUCACAAGCAACCAUGCACCAUCAUAUUCAAUCUACAACCUCACAGGCAACCAUGCACCAUCAUAUUCAAUCUACAAACUCACAGGCAACCAUGCACCAUCAUAUUCAAUCUACAACCUCACAGGCAACCAUGCACCAUCAUAUUCAAUCUACAAACUCACAGGCAACCAUGCACCAUCAUAUUCAAUCUACAACCUCACAGGCAACCAUGCACCAUCAUAUUCAAUCUACAAACUCACAGGCAACCAUGCACCAUCAUAUUCAAUCUACAACCUCACAGGCAACCAUGCACCAUCAUAUUCAAUCUACAACCUCACAAGCAACCAUUAUCCAUCAUAUUCAAUCUACAACCUCACAGGCAACCAUGCACCAUCAUAUUCAAUCUACAAACUCACAGGCAACCAUGCACCAUCAUAUUCAAUCUACAACCUCACAGGCAACCAUGCACCAUCAUAUUCAAUCUACAAACUCACAGGCAACCAUGCACCAUCAUAUUCAAUCUACAACCUCACAGGCAACCAUGCACCAUCAUAUUCAAUCUACAAACUCACAGGCAACCAUGCACCAUCAUAUUCAAUCUACAAACUCACAGGCAACCAUGCACCAUCAUAUUCAAUCUACAACCUCACAGGCAACCAUGCACCAUCAUAUUCAAUCUACAAACUCACAGGCAACCAUGCACCAUCAUAUUCAAUCUACAAACUCACAGGCAACCAUGCACCAUCAUAUUCAAUCUACAACCUCACAGGCAACCAUGCACCAUCAUAUUCAAUCUACAAACUCACAGGCAACCAUGCACCAUCAUAUUCAAUCUACAAACUCACAGGCAACCAUGCACCAUCAUAUUCAAUCUACAAACUCACAGGCAACCAUGCACCAUCAUAUUCAAUCUACAAACUCACAGGCAACCAUGCACCAUCAUAUUCAAUCUACAACCUCACAGGCAACCAUGCACCAUCAUAUUCAAUCUACAAACUCACAGGCAACCAUGCACCAUCAUAUUCAAUCUACAAACUCACAGGCAACCAUGCACCAUCAUAUUCAAUCUACAAACUCACAGGCAACCAUGCACCAUCAUAUUCAAUCUACAAACUCACAGGCAACCAUGCACCAUCAUAUUCAAUCUACAACCUCACAGGCAACCAUGCACCAUCAUAUUCAAUCUACAACCUCACAAGCAACCAUUAUCCAUCAUAUUCAAUCUACAACCUCACAGGCAACCAUGCACCAUCAUAUUCAAUCUACAAACUCACAGGCAACCAUGCACCAUCAUAUUCAAUCUACAAACUCACAGGCAACCAUGCACCAUCAUAUUCAAUCUACAACCUCACAGGCAACCAUGCACCAUCAUAUUCAAUCUACAAACUCACAGGCAACCAUGCACCAUCAUAUUCAAUCUACAAACUCACAGGCAACCAUGCACCAUCAUAUUCAAUCUACAACCUCACAGGCAACCAUGCACCAUCAUAUUCAAUCUACAAACUCACAGGCAACCAUGCACCAUCAUAUUCAAUCUACAAACUCACAGGCAACCAUGCACCAUCAUAUUCAAUCUACAAACUCACAGGCAACCAUGCACCAUCAUAUUCAAUCUACAAACUCACAGGCAACCAUGCACCAUCAUAUUCAAUCUACAACCUCACAGGCAACCAUGCACCAUCAUAUUCAAUCUACAAACUCACAGGCAACCAUGCACCAUCAUAUUCAAUCUACAAACUCACAGGCAACCAUGCACCAUCAUAUUCAAUCUACAAACUCACAGGCAACCAUGCACCAUCAUAUUCAAUCUACAAACUCACAGGCAACCAUGCACCAUCAUAUUCAAUCUACAACCUCACAGGCAACCAUGCACCAUCAUAUUCAAUCUACAAACUCACAGGCAACCAUGCACCAUCAUAUUCAAUCUACAACCUCACAGGCAACCAUGCACCAUCAUAUUCAAUCUACAAACUCACAGGCAACCAUGCACCAUCAUAUUCAAUCUACAAACUCACAGGCAACCAUGCACCAUCAUAUUCAAUCUACAAACUCACAGGCAACCAUGCACCAUCAUAUUCAAUCUACAAACUCACCGGCAACCAUGCACCAUCAUAUUCAAUCUACAACCUCACAGGCAACCAUGCACCAUCAUAUUCAAUCUACAACCUCACAGGCAACCAUGCACCAUCAUAUUCAAUCUACAAACUCACAGGCAACCAUGCACCAUCAUAUUCAAUCUACAACCUCACAGGCAACCAUGCACCAUCAUAUGCAAUCUACAAACUCACAGGCAACCAUGCACCAUCAUAUUCAAUCUACAAACUCACAGGCAACCAUGCACCAUCAUAUUCAAUCUACAAACUCACAGGCAACCAUGCACCAUCAUAUUCAAUCUACAAACUCACAGGCAACCAUGUCAUGA